AUGGGAAACUGGUCCUCUCCCUAUGCUAGUUAUUAUGAGCCUAUCCGUAGCCUUGGUUUCCGAGGGUUCUUCAAGAAACAUAGGCUUCAAGUCUUUCUUAUAGACGAGUACAAGACCAGCAAGUGCUGUCCAACAUGUCACAACGAAAGCCUUCACACGUUCCGUCGUGUUCCAAAUCCACGACCGUAUCAAUGUGAGCGAUAUCCUGCUGUUGUCUGCCAUAGCCUUUUAAGAUGCACCGAUCUAUACUGCAGACCUACCAUGGCAGCACCAGACAGAUAUCGCUUAUGGAACAGGGAUGUUGCUGCUUGCCUUAACUACGAGCACAUCCUUCGUAGGCUUCGAUGUAAUGGCAUGGUUCCUCAUAUGCUUCGCAGGGCUGCUGCUGCUCCUACAAGACGUUGGAGAAGAGCGAACGAUCAGGAGCAACCAAGAACUAGAAUACGCUUAGACGAUGUUUCUCCGUCCUAG